AUGAUAUACAGGACAUGGGAGAUGGGAGAUGGGACACAGGACACAGGACAUGAGACACAGGACACAGGACAUGGGACAUGGGACACAGGGCACAGGACAUGGGAGAUGGGAGAUGGGAGAUGGGAGAUGGGAGAUGGGAGAUGGGAGAUGGGAGAUGGGAGAUGGGAGAUGGGAGAUGGG